GUCUCAACCAAACGUGAGAAAUAGUGCGUUUCUUUGUAAUCUCUCUCGCAUACCAAACACAGUGUUAAAGUCUGAAACCCUAAACCAUUUCUCUCUACUCGCAACAACCUUUCAUUCCCUCUCUCUCUCACCACUCAUUCCGGCCAACCUCGUUUUCUCUAUUUUAGUUGGUGAUUAUUGAUUUGUUCUGUCUCUCAUAGAAGAAGAUGCCUCUGGGGCUAAUUUUAGGAAUAGGAAGGACAUUUCGAAGGAAGAGAGCAUCGACACUUGAUAUUCUGUCACCAAAACGUGCUCCUCGAGGUUACUACAAGGGAAAGAACUGCCAGCCCACUGGUUUCCACACUCGCAAAGGUGGGUAUGUGAUAUUGCAGGAAAAGUUACCAAACUAUGUUGUUCCUGAUUUGACUGGUUUUAAGCUCAAACCAUAUGUAUCCCAAUGUCCCAUAGAAGCGAAGACUUCUGAGGCUUCUCAAACGGCUAAAUAAGCAAAUUAGUAGUUUAGAAUACCUCAUAGCUGCAAUCUUUUUUCCAUGAAUAAUUUGACUGUCAUUGUUAUUUGUGGUUGGAUAUAAGCUUUUCAAUCUUGCAUCUGUAACAUCAUGAAUGAUUUGGACUAUGGAAAUUAUUAAUAAAUUUCUUAUGUUAGUUUUCAAUCA